AGUCUAUUCCGAACAACCAACGCAUAAAAGCAUUUAAAGAUUUCCCGCGUUUUUUUUUUGGACAAAAAGCACUUGGAAUAUGUCAUUGUUUAGCCCUCUGGCUUGCAAAUUACCUCAGAAAAGUGAGAAAACUCCUCUAUUUCAAAGUAAUGUAUCUGUUUUUACGGAGGGGAACGGAGCAUGCCGAAAACUUCUCUGGAGUCCUCCAUUAUCGCGUGGAUCUUAUGAUUCGCCCGAUUCUACUGCUAAGAGAGGUCGGCCAAAACUCAUUUCACUGGCCAAUUUCCAUCAAGAAAGCCCGAAUGAAGUUGGAGAACUUCAAUGCUCUUAUUGUGGAAGGACUUUUCCCAAAUGGAAAUGUUUAAAGGCUCAUAUAUUAACUCAUACCGGAGAGAAGCCAUUCAAAUGCGAUUUUCCUGGGUGUGAAAAAAAAUUUAGACAAGGUGGCCAAUUAAAAACCCAUCAGAGAUUACAUACGGGGGAGAAGCCGUUUUGCUGUUCAAUCGAAGGUUGCGAAUAUAAGUUUGCUCACGUUAAUCGCCAUUGCCCAAUGCAUCCCUCAACUCCAUUGAAAAAACAGGAUACUACUCUCUCCAUAAAAGCUAAAAUAGAAUUGGAAGGAAAUGAAGAAAAAAGAAAUUGGCUACAAAAAUACUUGACAAGAUCUUACGCACUUAAAGCAUAUCCUAAUGAAAAUGACCAAUCCAUGAUUAUCAAGAAACCGUCGAAGACGGUCAAGCGUCUAAGUUAUGAGGUAGAUGAGAAGAAGCCAGGUUUUCAAUUUAAUACGGCAAGCCCUCGAAAGAGGAAAGAAAUUGCUGAUAAAAUUGAUGGUGCACUGGCUCUAGUCGCUUUGUCUCAAGCAUUCUAAAAAUCCCCUUGAAAAAUUUUUAAAUCAUUCUCAUUAUCUACAUUAUUUUUACUCUUAAAGAAAGUUGUAUACAUGUUCUCUACAUCUAUAAGUAUUUUUUUCAUUUUUACUUUUAAAGAUAUAUAUGUAUAUGUGAAUAUAUAUAUAUAUAUAAAAGAUUAUAGAUAAGCACAUUUUUCCAACAUAUAUGCUACAUUCUGUUGUAUAUAUAUAUAUAUAUAUAUAUAUGUAUGUACGUAUGUAUGUAAAUGUAUAACUGUAAAUUUAUUUUUUGUUUUGUUUACAUUUUUUUUUCUGUUAGUAUUGCCUUUUGAAAAGGAAAACAGCAGAAAUGUUCUGCAAAGAUGCCAUGACUUAAUGUAAUCCAGUGGAAAAACAGUAAAAAUACAAUUUAAACUUUAUAUAUUAAAA